UCGGACAUUUUGUUAUAAAUUCAUUUCCGUGUCCGGUGGCGGUCCUUUCCUGUCUACGGCCUUUGGAAGAUGGCGGUGCAGAUCUCCAAGAAGAGGAAGUUCGUCUCAGACGGUAUCUUCAAGGCCGAGCUGAACGAGUUCCUGACUCGCGAGCUCGCCGAGGAUGGUUACUCCGGAGUGGAGGUGCGUGUGACUCCGACCAGGACUGAGAUCAUCAUCCUGGCUACAAGGACCCAGAAUGUUCUGGGAGAGAAGGGCCGUCGGAUCAGAGAGCUGACCGCAGUGGUCCAGAAGAGGUUCGGCUUCCCUGAGGGCAGCGUGGAGGUAGGGGAGCUUUUCAGGAAGAAUGUCAACUCAAAUCCUUGAACGCACGAAGAGACCGAGUAUUUUAAUAAGUGUUUUAAUAUAAC